AUGGGUGAGCUGAAGCAGGAGAGCCUGCAGUCUGUCUAUUCGCCCGGCCAGGUGACACCAGUCCCGGAGCCAGACUGGACUAAGUAUGAGGAGGCUCGAGCUCGUCGAAAAAUCGACAGCUCGGUGCUUCCACUCUUGUACCUGGGCCUGCUCGUCUUUCAACUUGACCGCAUGAACCUUGCCAGCGCCCUCACAGGCGGCUUUGCUAAAGAUAUCGGGGUCAAUCAGGACACCAUAAAUCUUGGAAACCAGCUCAUGUUUCUUGGGAUCGUCGUAUUGGAGAUUCCGUCAAACAUGCUUUUGCAAAAGAUUGGCCCACGCAAGUACAUCUCCGCUCAGGUCAUUCUAUUCGGCUUCGUCGCGACUAUGCAAGUUUUCCUCGUAGACCGAAAGGGCUUCUUGGCUUCACGAAUGAUGCUUGGUCUUGCGGAGGCGGGAUACAUACCAGGGGCUUGCUAUACGCUUUCCACCUGGUACACGAAAAAGGAGCUAGCCAAGCGCAUUGCAAUCUUCUUCUUCGGGAUGUUUAGUGGGAAUGCCCUGAGUCCUAUACUGGCAUCGGGUAUCUUGAAGCUCGAAAACGAGCGCGGUCUGCGUGGUUGGCAGUGGCUUUUCCUGAUCGAGGGUGUUUUUACCAUUUUCGUUGGGCUUUCGCUGCUCUUCCUCCUACCGGGGUCCCCCGACACCCCUGAUCCGCUGUUGAGCCCCGGCCUGAUCCGGUUCAAAGACUCGGAGAAGAACAUUAUCCAAAGACGCCUAGAGGUUGAUGAUAAAGAGAGACGAGGAGGUGCUCAGGGAAUGCGAAUUCCUCUCAAGCUCGUGUGGAAGACCGUUCUACAUUGGAAGCGCUGGCCGCACUUCCUAAGCAGCUUUGCUGUCUUCUCCACCUGGAGCCCUCUUACCACUUACACACCUACCAUCAUAAUGAAUCUCGGCUUCAACCGCAUCCAAGCCAAUGCACUUGCUGCGGUGGGCGCGUCACUCGCUUUGGUCGUUGUGUUUAUUUUUGCCUAUAUCAGCGAUAAAACAAACAAGCGUGGCUUCUCAGUCAUCGGGGCCCAGUUCUGCUAUCUUAUUGUCUUAAUCGUUGCGCGUACGGCACAUCCUCAUGUCGGCAAGUGGUCGCGCUGGGGGCUCUGGACUGCUGUGAAUAGCUUCGCGGUUGGGUACCAUCCUGUCAAUAACUCGUGGGUACAACUCAAUUGCCGGGAACCAGGCGAGAGAAGUAUUAGUAUUGCGAUGUGGGUGAUGCUCUCUAUCAGCGGAUUGAUGGUGGGCACGCAGUACUAUCGUGGGAACGAUGCGCCUUUCUAUCAAACGGGACUGAGAACACAAAUCAUCAUGGUUUCAGUGGGCAUCGCAUUUGCGAUACUCCAAGUGGUAAUUUACAAAAUUCACAACAAACGGGUAGCUGAUGGAAAGCACAAAUCCCGUGAUGAUGAAGCCCCACGGAUUUAUGUGACAUAG